AAGCCUGCGAUCGUCUCUUUGCAAGCGCGGUCCAUUGGCCGGCGUGCUUGGGAUCAGUAAAACAUCGUCAUCGUGCGAAACUUGAAUAUCAUGCGACCCAAGUCACCCAACCACUUGACGGAUCGUUGUCGCAGAUAUGGAUCCCAGGAUUAGUGGGCAGCGAGCUCCAUCUCGUACGCUUCGAUGGGAAAGGAAUCUGAGAUGAGAACUGCCAGUGGUCUAGGAAUUAGCAAGGGCUAAUUGGGGGCAGGCGGAUUGCACACCACUGGACAGCCUCACAGCGAUGGUGGAGUCGGCGCAGUGCCCAAACGGGCCAGGCGACCAUGCAUUCUGACCGUUGAGCCGUUCUCGUCGUUCAUGCUGAAGACGACGGAGAAAUCCAACCUAUGGUUGGGUUUGUCACGAUGGAUUUCUCCUCGACCCUGGUCGUGGCUUACCGGUGCGAUAGGUCGCAGCACGAGUGAGUUCUCUGGACGGCAAAUCCUCCAAGGCAGCCAAAACGGCUAUCACACUCCACCCCUACCUUCUCUUGCAAGGGUUUGGAAAGACUGCCGGCGUUCUUACUGCACUCGUUAUGGGUAUGGAUCGUUUUCCCGGCUUGUAACGCUCAAACAGAAUUACUGUGCUAGUUUUUCGAGUCCUGUUGCUCCAUUCUUGCCUGUCUCUUUUACGUCUGUCUUCCCUCAUGGACUGCCAGCGAAAGACAGUCAGCUGCGAGUGACUCCAUGCAGAUCAGUGUCUUUUGGAGGCCUGUGGCAUACGUUUGAUCCAUGUCUUCAAAGUUGCAGCUUCAACAACAAACUGACACACAUUGCAGAUUCUCAGGCUAUUGUUCAUCGUCACCUUCCUAUUCAGACAGAGCAGUAUCAAUUAUCCGUCGAGCCUGCCUCCCGCGCCAUGAAGACUGACUGUAGAGUACGAAUGAGAUAUACCAGACUGUCGUUGAAAAGCUUGGGACCUGAUACUCUUCGGAUGCUCAUCAUCUGUCCGUCUGUGUCAGUGUGACCGACGAACACGCGCGUCAUCGCAGGAUCUUCUAUACUUGGUCCUUGCGCACUGGAUGCUAUAUUUACAACUGAUUGUGUUAACAGAUAUCGUUGCCUGAAAGCAUCAGCAGUGAUUAUACUCAUCAUUUUGUGUCCUACGCUGCCAUGCCUCUCACUGUAGCAGUUCCUACUCUU